GUCAGCUUUCUCACUCUAAACACUGACCAUUGCCAAGAGAGAGAGUUUUAGAUCUGGGAGAGGGGGAGGGGAAAUCUUGCAUAAACCCUAGCUCCAAUCUCAAUCUCGUUGUCUUCUGUGUCUACUCAGGAAACCUUCUGAUUUGGGGCGAAUGGCGGUGACAGAUGCAGAAAACCCUCUGCUCGUUGAAAUCACCUGUGGAACAUUACUACAGAAGUUGCAGGAAAUCUGGGAUGAAGUGGGUGAGAGUGAUGAAGAGCGGGACAAUAUGCUUCUUCAGAUAGAGCAGGAGUGUCUGGAUGUCUACAAGAGAAAGGUUGAGCUGGCUGCAAAAUCCAGAGCAGAGCUUCUUCAGACUUUGUCAGAUGCUAAGGCUGAACUCUCCAGUCUCGCAUCUGCUCUCGGAGAAAAAAGCUUCUUUGGCAUUCCGGAGAAGACUACAGGAACGAUCAAAGAACAACUCUCUGCUAUAGCUCCAGUUCUUGAACAGCUAUGGAAGCAGAAAGACGAAAGAGUGAAGGAGUUUUCUGAUGUACAGUCUCAAAUCCAGAAGAUAUGCGGGGAGAUUGCUGGGAGUCUGAACAAUGAGGCUCCAAUAGUCGAUGAGUCUGACUUGUCUCUGAAGAAACUGGAUGACUACCAGAGCCAACUCCAAGACCUCCAGAAGGAGAAGAGUGACAGGUUGCACAGAGUGCUCGAAUUCGUGAGCACAGUUCAUGAUCUGUGUGCUGUUCUUGAUUUGGACUUUUUAAGCACCGUCACCGAGGUUCAUCCAAGCCUGGAUGAUGCCACUGGCGUUCAGUCCAAGAGUAUAAGCAAUGAUACACUUUCGAGGUUGGCUAACACAGUCUUGACUCUUAAAGAGGACAAGAAGCAAAGACUUAAAAAGCUUCAAGAAUUGGCCACUCAGCUAAUUGAUCUGUGGAAUCUGAUGGAUACCUCUGAAGAGGAAAGGGAACUGUUUGACCAUGUCACCUGUAACAUUUCAGCUUCAGUUGACGAGGUGACUGACCCAGGUGCCCUUGCACUCAAUUUGAUCGAGCAGGCUGAGGUGGAAGUGGAGAGGCUUGAUCAGUUGAAAUCUAGCAGAAUGAAGGAAAUCGCGUUCAAGAAGCAAUCUGAGCUUGAGGAGAUAUAUGCUCGUGCUCAUAUAGAAAUAAACCCAGAGGCAGCUCGGGAGAGGAUCAUGACAUUGAUUGAUUCUGGAAACGUUGAGCCUACUGAACUACUGGCCGAUAUGGAUAGCCAGAUUGCAAAGGCCAAGGAAGAAUCACUUAGCAGAAAGGAGAUAUUGGACCGAGUUGAGAAAUGGAUGUCAGCUUGUGAGGAAGAGAGCUGGCUUGAAGACUACAACAGGGAUGAGAACAGGUACAGUGCAACCAGAGGCGCACAUUUAAACCUUAAGAGGGCCGAGAAAGCUCGGAUUUUGGUCAACAAGAUUCCUGCGAUGGUUGACACGUUGGUUGCUAAAACCCGGGCUUGGGAAGAGGAUCACGGCAUGUCAUUUUCUUACGAUGGAGUUCCUCUGCUCGCCAUGCUAGACGAGUAUGCCAUGCUCAGGCAAGAACGAGAAGAAGAGAAACGGAGGCUAAGGGAACAGAAGAAGCACCAAGAGCUGCAACACACGACUGAUCAAGAUUCAGCGUUCGGGUCCAGGCCGAGCCCAGCGAGACCAGCCAGCUCCAAGAAAACCGUGGUGGGGCCACGUGCUAACGGAGGAUCCAAUGGAACUCCUAACCGGCGUCUAUCUCUUAACGGGGCCCGAGCCAAUGCCAAAGAAGGGAAGAGGGAUAGUCUCAGCAGACCGGCCGCUCCUUCGAACUAUGUAGCCAUUACAAAAGAGGACAGUGCUUCUCAUGUUUCCGGCGCCGACCCUGUUCCUGUUUCACCGUGAUGAUGAUGAUGAGAGAGAGAGAGAUGUAACCAUACAAUGUUGCCGUAGGAAGUUCAUCUCUAUGAAUCGAGAUAGUAGAAAUGAUACUUCAUUACUUGUUUAUGCGUUUGUAUCGGUGUUUGGAAUGUGACUUCUCCUUUUAAUGACUCUGAAACCCUUUUCUACCUCGUA